UUGUUUACCCGUAUCUUUCAAUUCACUUGUUUGCAGAAGAAAUGUCUUCGCUAAUUUGGCAACAGCUGAUGAAACCCAUUGAUUGUAGAAUUCAUUUUAGAUUUUGAAAACUGUAAGAUGGUCAAUAAAAAUACAAUGAUUUAAAGACAUCGUUAAAUAAUGUUUGCUCAUAGAAGAUUUUAUUCACAUCCUUUUGCGCACACUAUGCUUUGUAUAGCUUUUUGAUACCUCUUAUUUUGCCCCUUUGCGCGUGGUGGGAGAGGAAGCGUCAAUUUACCUAGCAACCAUUAACCGGAAAUGGCUCCCUGGAAAUGAACGUGAAACCCGCCCUUGCGGGUAACUUGCUAAAUAUCUGUUCUUAGCAGGCAGUGGACGGAUUGGUGCUUGGAACUCUUUCUGAUUUUUUUUUUUUUUUUUAAUUGGGCUUCAAAGACAUUGUCCAGUAAAUACUUUUAAAUGAGUAUCUUUUUCCAACGAAGUCGAAAAAAGCCGUAGCCUAAUGUUAUAGCAUACUGGUGUGAUUUCGUUUCUUCAUACAAACGGAACUUUCAGAGUAAAUAUUUGAACACUGGCGAACUAAGCUAAUGCUGAUUGGCUGAGCAAUGGAGCUGCGGAUCAGCACACCUUUGAGCAGACAGGACACUGAGACAACACUACCAGAGCUCACUGAGCAGCACUGGUUCAGGCAGAAAGAAGAGGAACUCAGUGGGCUGGAGCCUGUCCACAUGGCAGAGUCAGAGACAGAGUGUGCUGCACCAGGACUCAACACACUAGAGUGUGUUACAGCACACAGCGGGGUCAGUGAUGUACACCAUACACACACAUCACUGAUUAAAACAGAAACUGAUCUGGGCUCCACCCACUCUGGGGAUCUUAAGACAGAGACCCUCGACAGUACAGAGCUGGGAUAUGUAACCCAUCUGCAUCCUGACCAAAUCAAAACAGAGACUGCUGAUGGAGGAUACCUUAAGGCAGAACACAUUAGUGACUUGCAGGAUGUUAAAUGUGUUCAUAUUAAAUCUGAUCAAAUGAAGUGUGAAUCCAGUGAAAGUUUAGUGAGUGAUCUCAUGAAUACUGUGAUGACUGGGACUGAUGUUCAUCAGAAAGACCUGAAAGAAUCAUGGCACUGUGCAGGAGAGCCAAAUCCUAACUGUAAAAAAGAAGAAAUUCUUGAUCUGCCGACCCAUUGUAGGGGCUUAAAUCAUCACUGUGGCAUAAACAAUGAAAAUAAUCAGACAAGAAUUGUCCAGAACAGUGCAAACAAUAUCAGCAAGUCUCCUCAUUUCCAGAGAACAAAUGUCAUAAUUGAACCCGUGGCAAUUAAUUCACGUAAAUAUCCGAGCCAUUUGAAUUCAUUUCAAGACAAGACAAUUCAAAGAAAUAAAGGGGAAAUUCAUGCAGGUGAAAAGCCCUACAAGUGUACACUGUGUGAGAAGUGCUUUUCCCAAAAAUCUCAUUUAAAUAGACACCUGCAAAUUCAUACAGGUGAAAAGCCUUAUACAUGUAUUCAGUGUGGGAAGUGCUUUAGUAGAAAAUCUGAUUUAAAUAGACACCUUAGAGUUCAUACAGGUGAAAAGCCAUUUAAAUGUAUUCAGUGUGGGAAGUGUUUUUCACAAAAAAGUGCUUUAAAUUGCCACAAGAUGAUUCAUACAUGUGAAAAGCCAUACAAAUGUGUUCAGUGUGGGAAGUGUUUUUCACAAAAAAGUACUUUAAAUUGCCACAAGAUGAUUCAUACAGGUGAAAAGCCAUACAAAUGUGUUCAGUGUGGGAAGUGUUUUAUUACAAAUUAUGACUUAAAUGUACACCUGAGAAUUCAUACAGGAGAGACGCCAUACAAAUGUUCACAUUGUGGGAAGUCCUUUUCAAAAUUGGCUCAGUUAAAUAGUCAUCAGAGAAUUCAUACAGGUGAAAAACCCUACAAUUGUAUAGAGUGCGGGAAGUGUUUUGCACAACAAAGUACUUUAAAUUACCACAAGAUGAUUCAUACAGGUGAAAAGCCACACAAAUGUCCUCAGUGUGGGAAGUGUUUUUGCAAAAUAAGUAAUUUACAUUGUCACCAGAGAAUUCAUAUGGAUCAAAAGCCCUACACAUGUGCACAUUGUGGGAAGUGCUUUUCCAAAUUAUCUCAUUUAAAUCGCCACAAGCCAUACAAAUGUAUUCAGUGUGGUACAUGUUGUAGUACGAAGUCUGCUCUAAAUAUACACCUGAGAAUUCAUACAGGUGAAAUGCCAUAGUGUUUCAAAUGUCCAUCAAAUGUAUAAGAACAAUGGCUGGGAAAAACUGGGAUGCCGUUUUCCAAGUGUUCAAAGGUUUUGUUGUAAAGAAAUGUCAUUUUAAUUCUUUGUAGGAUGAAGGUUGAUAUUUUGUAGUGAUGAACUUGACACCAGUUUGAAAGAGUCAGUGUGAACUGUGUGGAUGUAAUAUAGAAAUAAGUGGUAAUGUCUAUUGCAAACUUGCAUUCUGAAAAUUAACUUGACAGUACUGCCAUUUUGAGUUAUUUUGCUAUCAGUGUUGAGGCUAUAAUGUGUAUGUCAGUUGAACCUGGUCAUUUGUCUUCAGACAGUAUGUUUUAUGAAAUAUAUCUGUUUUUUCAAA